AUGCCUUUUUUGAAAUUGAAACAAGCUCCGGUGUCUCACGUGUUGGAGUUUGAGGGAGCUAACUAUUUCAGACAGAGAAUCAUACAAUCCUUGCUUUCAUCUCGACCUAUCAGAAUAAUCAACAUCAGGCCUAGAGAACAGAACCCAGGCCUCCACGAUUUCGAAGCAAAUCUUCUGCGAUUGAUCGAUGCCAUUACUAAUGGAACCAAAAUUGAAGUCAACCAAACAGGUUAUUAUCUAGAGGUUCUCUUGUUCGUGGGGCCGUUCUGCAAACUACCUCUGCGGGUGACCUUAAACGGAGUGACUAACAAUCAGAUUGACCCUUCGCCUGAUCAAAUCAAGUACUCAAUGCUGCCUUUGCUGAAGAGAUACUACAUAGAUGAAGGUCUUGAACUCAAGAUCAACCGGAGGGGGAUGCCCCUGGAAGGGGGAGGUCAGAUUUACUUCACCUGUCCCGUCAAAAGGAGUCUGAAGCCAAUGCAGUUCACAGAUCCAGGAUUGGUGAAACGAAUAAGAGGAGUCGCGUACGGCUGUAGAGUUUCUCCAGCGACUGCUACCCGCAUACUGGAAGCUGCCAAAGCAGUGCUGACCAAUUUCGUCCCAGAUGUUUACAUUUAUUCUGACCACAGGCGCGGGGACCAGGCGGGCAACUCGCCGGGUUUCGGAAUUACUUUAGUAGCAGAAACCACAAAAGAGGUUUACUACACGGCUGAAGUAUGUUCGAACUCGAGUAAAAGUAAAGAGCCAUCAGUUCCAGAGUUCAUCGGAGAAGAAUGUGCUGAGAAAUUAUUAGACCAAAUUUUCAACGGAGGGUGUGUAGAUGAUUUGAGCCAGUCAUUGGCCUUUCAAUACAUGAUCUUAUGUCCCAAAGAUGUCUGCAAAAUAUUGGUGGGCGAAAAAUUGACACCCUACAGCAUUCAGUAUUUGAAGCAUAUCAAGGAGUUCUUCGGCAUCAUGUUCAAGAUAGACGAGGUCAGACCAGAAGCGGAAGACACUGUUGGGGUAUCUGUGAAUCAUAUGAUGACCUGCGUGGGAAGUGGAUUCACGAACCUCAAUAAAACUACCCUUUAA